UAUGUGUUGGGGCUAAAAUAAAUUAAUCCCUUGAAGCAUUGAACAAGUGAAGUUAGUGGAAGGGAUGAUACGGACUUGUUCUAGACUAUUCUCAAAUAGCCUUCUCAUUGUCAAACCUAAUACAACACUCUCCAAUCGUCUCUUUCAGGUUCGUGCAAUGGCCACUUCGCCCUUCAAAAAAGUCCAGAUUCAAAGAGAUGACACUACAUUUGAUGCAUAUGUAAUUGGAAAAGAUGAUGCCCCUGGAAUAGUUGUGCUUCAGGAGUGGUGGGGUGUUGAUUUUGAGAUAAAAAACCAUGCUGAGAAAAUUUCUCAAUUUGAUUCUGGCUAUAAGGCACUUAUCCCUGACUUGUAUCGUGGAAAAGUUGGGCUAGAUGUUGCAGAAGCACAACAUCUGAUGGAUGGUCUUGAUUGGCAAGGGGCUGUCAAAGAUAUUCAGGCUUCAGUUAAUUGGCUGAAGUCAAACGGUUCCAACAAGGUUGGUGUUACUGGAUACUGCAUGGGUGGUGCUCUUGCCAUUGCAAGUUCUGUUUUGGUCCCAGGGUUAGAUGCUGUUGUAGCCUUUUAUGGGGUUCCUUCACCAGAGCUUGCUGAUCCUGUUAAUGCUAAGGCACCUGUGCAGGCUCAUUUUGGUGAAGAUGAUGCUAUUGUUGGAUUUUCAGAUGUAAAGACUGCAAAAGCUCUAGAGGAAAAACUGAAGACAUCAGGAGUUCCACAUGAGGUUUACUUCUAUCCAAAGGCUGGACAUGCAUUCAUGAACAAGUCGCCGGAGGGUGUUGAUAGGAGGCAAAAGAUGGGGAUGCCUGAUGUAGAAGAUGCUGCUGUCGAGCAAGCUUGGUCCCGCUUCCGCUCAUGGAUGAGUCGCUUCUUGUCUGCUUAAGUUGCGUUGCUUGUUUUUAUUCUAUAUUAGGUUGUUGCAUGGUUACCAUAAUAAUUUGAUGUGUCUUGAUGAUCCGGGACGUUCCCUUGAAGCUUGCAUUUGGCCCUUGGAAUGUUCUGUAGAUUGGACAUACACGUGCUCGAUAGGGAUUUUAGAGUAUCCCAUAAUAGUGCACUUCGUUAAUGUCCAGGAAAAAAGUUUUGAGCACUGAAUAAAUAAGCUCAUUGUCCAUGUAGUCGGUCUGUAUUAUCAGUGUGUGCAGAGUAACUAUCACUAUCGAGCUUGCCACCA